GGCUGAAGGGGGAGGUCCCGCUCUGGUGGUACCUCAGGGCCCUCCUGAGGCCUGUGGGAGGCCGCGGGGCCUUCCCCGCAGCUCUGCCGGUUCUGAGCGGGUUGUGUUUGCCAUCCCUGCAGGGUUGCCAGGUCGGCAGCAGGCUCGGCGGGUGCUUAAAUCAGAGGCAGGCUCAAUGGUGAACGUUACAGCCAUAGGUGGUUACCAGCGCCCACCAGCGCCCGGUAGCACCCUGGCCCUCAGUCCCCUAUGAAUCCAUCAGUGCCGCGUUCUGCCUCGGCCCAGGAUCUUAGCCCGGACUUGGAGGACAGCACCAUUCAGAAACAGAGGAGAGAACUCCAGCUGUUGAUUGCAGAACUCAAAGACCGGGACAAGGAACUUGAUGACAUGGUUGCUGUCCACCAGAGACAGCUCCUUGCCUGGGAGGAUGAUCGGCAGAAGAUCCUGACUUUAGCAGAACGAUGCAACUUAUUAAGCAAUGAGCUGAACAAGAGAAAUGAAGUUAUAAAAUCACAGAACAAGAGGUUAAAGUUCUUAGAAUCUCAGCAGAAUAAGGCAACACUUGAAAAGACAAAAGAGAAGUUUAAAGAGCUGUCUCAAAAAGUGACAGAUGCAACUGUUCUCUGUCAGGCUCUGGAGGAGAAAAACCAAAGUCUCCACUGCUCAGUUUUGGAAUUGUCUGCUAAAACAGGCCAGCUGCAAGCAAGAGAGCAGGAGCUUCUUACUAUGCUUAAGCUGAAGGACGGGGUUUUGCUUGAAGCAACUGAUCACAUUACUGAGUUUACAUCUAAAUUCAAAAAGCUGGCAGAUGCAUUGGUUGCAGCAAAGAUGGAGGAAUUCAGUCUCAGCAAAGAAAAGCAAAACCUCAAGCUGAGACUGAAAGAACUGACCCUUGAAACAAAUAAGCUGAAAGAUGACCUCUCUGAAAAGAUGAAGGAAAAUAAUAAGCAGCAGGAAGAAAUCACUCACCUCAGACAAGAAAAUGACCACUUGAGGAAUGAGCUCACACUUCAUGUUGAGGGAGCAAAAAGGAAGGAUCAGCUGCUGCAGUCUGCCAAGUCUAAACAAGCACGGAUGGACACAGAACUGUCAAGUUUGAGACAGAUCUGUGUAAAACAGCAGAGAGACUUGGAAUUUCUUCAUGUCAAUUUGGAGAGCUCUCAGGAAUUAAGGCAAGAGAAGGAAAAGCUGGCACAUGAAACAAGCAUAGGUUUGACAUUCUCUGCCCCUGAAAGUAACAGCGAGACAGACACGGUUAGGACUGAGGGAAGCCACGGGAUGUGCGAGGAGUGUGGAAAUGCCCAGGUUCCAAAAAGUAGGGUAAAACCCAGCUCUGAGGUGUGUGAAGUAGAUAAUAGACUGUUACCCAAUGCAUCAUACUUGGAGGAAGCUACCUUGGAAUACUUCAACGUGUGUCAAAAAGUUGUGAAAGUCUUGGCUGUCCUUACGGAAGAAGAAGAAAAGCAGGAUGUUGCAUCAAGCUCUGAUGAGCUAGGCUGCAAAGUAUUUUGUGAGGCAAACAGCACGAGGCCAUUAGAAAACAGAGAAAUUUCUGAGGAUGGAGUGGAAAGCAGAACCCAACAAAGCUUUGACUCAUCUUUACCUGAAUGUGAGUGUUGCCUUAACGUCAGUUCUCGUGUAGAUUUGCAAAGUGCUUUGAUCCAGAGCACCAUCACAUCUGCCAAAACUGCUAAUGAAAAUAAAAGCUGGGAAGAGAGAACUAGUAUUCUGUUUAGUCAAAAAAUCAGAGAGACUCCUGCUGCAGUUCACAAAUCUGAUUCUGAUUCCUGUAAUAAUAACUCCACCAUAAAAAAUGGUGCCCAGUCGAAGCCAGUAUCAGAACUGGAAUGGUUGAGGAUUUUCAAACCCACUAAAGGAGAUGGAAGUACCCAGCAUGGAAAAGAUUGCAGCUGUCUCAAGACUGCACAAGAGAUGAAAUGUGCCAACUCAAAAAGUGAAGAAAACGUGGAUCUGGAUUCUUUUCACUUGGAUUCUCCCUGUUUGACAGCUACCCAGAGUAGAGACAGGCUUCAAAGAUGUGAGAAGUUCUCUGUUGAAGACUCCCCUUUGAAGAUCAGUGACCUUUCAGCAACCAAGCCAGAAAAUAGAUCCUGCAGUGCUACUGUGGACCAAGACACCAAUUCCCCUGUAAGGCAGCUGCAGCAGGCGUUGGCUGAGUCUCGACAGAUGGUUGCUGAUCUGGAGCUUAGCACUCUCCUCCACUACAGCCCAAACAGCAGCAGCAUUAAUAUGACAACAGAACCUGUGGAAACUCCUCAGAGAACCCAGUUGUCUGUUGCAGAAGAAAGUGGUCCUAAGCUUUCCCUCUUUUCUCUGUGAUGCUCUUGGAUGAAGAUGGUUCCAAUAUAGAAUUAAAUUGGAGAACUGAAGCUCAUCAACUCAUCAGCUACAGUGGAAAGUUACCUAUUUUUUUUUUCUGUGGUCCUCUGAGUGUUUGGAAGAUUUGCAAGUGGCAAAAAGAUGUGACUGUGUGGGUUUAUAUUUUAUCUUGAAAUAAACCAGAGAAAUAUGCCAAGAAUAACAAAACUAUUUUUAUAACUGAGAGCUCAGGUUAAAUACUACCUUGGUUUUUAAGAGCCUUAAGUGUGUACUUGUUACAACACAGGAGCUAUUUUUCUUACUCUUUUUUAUCUUUUUUUUUUUUUUUUUAGGCUGGACUCAGAAAUAUUUAUAGAGUAUGACACAGCCAAACAUUCCUUUUUUUUUUUUUUCUUUUUGUUAGUUCAUUGUUUUUGUCCUGGACUUCUUGCUGCAUGGAGUGAGCUGAAUGAUGUUUAUAGGAAGCUCCCAGUUACUGUUGUAACCAGGAACUACCUCCUACUCUGUGUAAAGGGGAGAGCUGUCACCCCUGAGCUGGCUGAAAUGAGGCUUCCCCACUCAGGAGCUGUUUAUUCCAACAAAAUCUUCUCUCAGGAUCAGGUAUGGGCUGUGUUAGCAGCAGCCAAGCACAACGUCACCAACUCUGUAGCAUUUAAGAUGGUUUUAUCUUUGUGGGGAAAGACCUGGCCCAUUAUCACCAUUUGAACUUGAUUUUUAACUAAAAGAUCAAACUAGCUAAUAAAGGCAAUACCUUUCCUCUACCUUUCUUGCUUAUUUAGCACACUUAUCCAACACUUUUAGUACUGAAUUCCUGAAGUUCUGCAGGACACAGGACAGCAGCUGCUGAGACACGAACGGGUCACUCAGUUGUGUGGGAUUUGGGAGCAGUUUGGGCCACCCGUGCCAGAUCCAUCCCACAGGGUGCUGGGCCAGCGUUUUUCCUGCGUGGGGGCAGCUCAGGGGUGGGAGUCUCUGGCUCUGUCCACUGCUACAGAAUUAAUUACACUGAAGUGCAACACUUGCACCUUGUUGACUCUUUAAUAUAAUUUUCCGCUUUCUUUUUAAUUACCUCAAUGACAGCCUCUUGCCUUUGGGUACUAAUGGCCUCAAAAUUAGUUGACCAAUUCUGGUCAUAGCUGUUGGACUCCACACUCUUUCCCUCCCUGCCCACAAGUGGAAGGGAAUUCCACAGAGGGAAUCUCAGCUUCUCUUCAAGUUUCCAGAAGCCUUUAAAGCGCAUUUAUUCCUUCACCUGCAGAGAAAACUUUCCAGGCUGCAUCUUCAAGAUCUGCUGCUGUGGGUAUGACAAAUUCCCCCCAAAACAGCACCACGAUGCUCACCAAGAGGCUGCCCAGCAGCUACACCAUCUGUCAAACCCCAGAGAAAUUGGUGCAACUCCCUAGGGUGAGCUUAUGCAUUCCAGUUAAACGUGUUUAGCACUGGAUGAAGGCACUGGAUCUCCUCAUGAAUUGGAAGUGCUCUGCUGAUGGUUUUAAAGUCAAUAUGGGAAACUGAGCUCAAGCCAUGCAACAAGGAUCUGCAGAGCUCUUGAAUUUUGUAUCAGGGCUGCUCUGGAUUUGUGGAAUGAGAAGGGAAGUAUUGGGUUAACUUAUUUGGGCACUAAAUGACUUACGCACCAACUGUAUUAUCGACCUGCUCUGAGGCUUGUAUGGAAACUGAAGCAGCUUCAAACUCAGCUGCCUUAUUUCUGGAAGCAUUACCAAUUCCCCCGGGGAGUGCCUUUGCUAUUGUAUUCCUGUACUGAAUUAUUAUUAAAGAAAACAAAGCUUCUGUUCA